ACUAGUUUUUAAAAUGUGGUUACUUCUAGAUUCUGUGAUACUUGUUUUGAAUUACCUGCUGUUUUUGUUUAUUUAUCAUCCCCGACGCAUUGUACGGGACCUCUCCUACAUCCAAUCAAAGCAAAAACGUAAUAAAUUCCUUACCAAUCAAAUAGCUGUCAGGUCUCCCUGCAACCAAUAAGAGGUCACGAUUUUCGGCGGACUUUUUAAACAGUACCUCUGAAGGAUGAGGCAAAUGAUUUGAAAAAUUGUGCACCGAGCAGGACACGAAAAAACGUCACAGAAACACAGUUUACUCAUUUAUAUCAUUUAUGAACGGGACCACUCUUCUUAAAAAUGUUUUCUAGCGACAGCGUGUCUGUCUGUGUAGUUUCAGCGUGUGCGCUCUUUGCUCUGUGUGACGUGUGCUAUGUGGGCGGGGAAAUGACGGACAUCAACAAAGGGAAACUGGGCGAAGCCGAGUGUCUUGGUUGCACAAGAUCCGAACUGUACCGCACUGCGAGCGGAGCGCAGCACCAAAGCUCACAUGGAAGCGUUACAGCUCCUGAGGCAACUGGAGGCAAGUUUCGAGCAGGAGGCCCACUACGUCCCGAGGGAGACGGGACUCACCCUCAUGGAGUCCACCGAGGAGAAUCAUGACAACAGAGUUUCGGCAAAAUGCCGAGACUCCGAAGUGGAGCAGCUCUGGAGCCUGACCAGCUUCUUUGGGUACAGCACCCAGACCUUCGCCCAGGCGGUCAGCCUGCUGGACAGAUUCCUGGCCAUGAUGAAGGUCCAGCCCAAACACUUGUCCUGUAUUGGCAUCAGCUGUCUCCAUAUUGCUGCUAAGGUGGUCGAGGAGCAGUGCAAUAUUCCAUCGAGCCACGAACUGAUUCGAAUCAGCCAGUGCAAGUUCACGGUUUCAGACCUCAGUCGAAUGGAGAAGAUAAUCGCCGAAAAGCUCAACUUCCAGCAUGAGGCCAUCACAGCAUUAACAUUUUUACAGCUGUACCAUUCUAUAACACUUAUGUAUACCUCAGAGAGGAAAGACAGUUUGAACCUUAACAAACUGGAGGUCCAACUUAAAGCCUGCCUUUGCCGACUUGUUUUUUCAAGAGCAAAACCAUCAGUGUUGGCGUUGUCCCUUCUCACGCAGGAGAUCGAAUACCUUCGGUCGGUUGACAUGUUAGACAUUGCAAAACAAAUCCAAAGGCACUUAAAGAUUACGAAUGAUGAACUUCUCUACUGGAGAGAGUUAGUGAGCAAAUGUUUAACAGAAUAUUCAUCGUCUGAAUGUACCAAGCCAAAUAACAAAAAACUGGUGUGGACCUUAUCAAAACGGACUGCGCAGCAUCUACAUGCCAGUUACAACAGUAUCACUCGACUGCCAACAAUUCCUGAAGGGAGCUGGAAUGAAAGUGAAAGGUACCCGAGUUACACGCUUAGUAAAAUUAUCCAGAAAACGCUUAACAGUUGCAUUUAUAUGUAUGGCAGCAGGUUCUUCUGUAUAAGCAGACCCCCUAAACAAGUAAAUAUGUAAAUGUUAGAAGUGAAGAAAACGUAUUUUAAAUCAUUGUCACUAGACAGUGUUUCACUCAGGGUAGAAAAACAUGCAGUUGCUGAUAUUACCAAUGUGUGUCUUAGGUGAAAUGUUUAUCCAAGUCAGAAUUUGACCUAUUUAUAUAACUGGGAAACUUUACUGGAAGUGUUGAAGACAAGUACCUGGAUCUGGGUUACUAAGCAGGGGGGGAGCUGGAUUUCAAAUGACACAUUUCACACUAUAAGCUCAUAUCCUUAACCACAAGUCUUACAUUUAAAAGCUAAGGUAAUAUAGUGAUUACAGCUGUUAACUAGAGCUUGUAACUGGAAGGUUAUUUAAAACCCUGCUCCUGCUGUAGAACCCUUGAGCAGGAUACUUACAAUGAAUUGCUGUCAUGCAAAUAUCAUGCUCUAUAAAUGAUAUAUAAACAAAAAUUAAAGAAAAUCCAAGCCCUGUAAAGAACUGUGGGUAUGAGGACUGUCAACACCAAGUUCAACUGUGUGCAGUAACAGUCACAUCCUUUGUCUUUUUGCAUGCAGCGAAGACUCUUGCGAGGACAUGAGUUGUGGCGAGGACAGUGUA